ACAACCACGUUCCGUCUACUAGUAUAAGGGUCUAUGAGUUAUAUGGGGCCAAUAUUAAUAUGAUAAUUGAUAAAUGAUAAUAAAUAACAUUAAUGAGUAAUUAGUAAUAAUUAACGAUCUAUAUUAUUCUAUAUUCUAAUUACAAUUAAUUAUGUACGCAAAGUGAAGAGUAAUUUGAGUAUUUCAAUUUCCAUUUUCAGGCAUACAAUCAAAAUACAAAUUUGAAUUUGCAAAUAUUGUUAACAGUUUUUGGACAAAACCUUAAAAAAAGCCCCAUAUCGUCUUUCUCUUUUUACGUUCUCUCUUCCCUAAAAAGCACACGGCACCAUAUGAAACUGGUAUUAUAGGCAUGUCCUAUUGUCCUAUCUAUUCUUAUAUUAUCUAUGUAUAUCGUGGCUAUAAUAUUGAUAAUACAUAUGGAUGAAAAACUUAAUGUAAAUGGUCAUCCAUGAUAUUCCCAAACGCAUAAUUCUUUCUCUUUCAUAUCUCGUCCACUGGUUUCUCUCUCUAAUGGCUCGUAUUAAGCCUCGUUCACACGGUGACACUAAUGAGUAUGACACUAAUGAUAUUGUGUGUCGUGACACCUAGUGUCGGUAUAUUUAAUUCGUUGAAUAUCGCGACACUGGUGUCAUGCAACUGUCGCCGUGUGAACAAGGCUUUACAAUAGUUUAACCUUAGUCACGGACUAAGAUAUAAUUAUAUCUUCGUCCGUGACCUUAGUUUAGUGCUGUCCAUUAGUUAAUAGGUCUAUGUCAACAACUACUAACUAAAUCGGAGUAAUAGUAUAUACUAAAAAUGAUAAGAACAGGGCUGCCAACAAAAUUUUAAAAAAAUGGCGGCAGAUUUAAAAGUUGCGCACUUUAUGGGACAAGCUAUAUGUUCAAAAUAAGACGAUGACCCGGCGGCCGAGUUGUGCGCAUGAGCGUGGCUUUGUUCCGUGGCAGCGCCCGACGCGUCGCCGUAAUGGGGACAGCGUUUGACCGUUGCGGAACGAAAACUGGUCGCCGCCUGGUCAUUGUCUUAUUUUGAACAGAGUAUUUGAUACAUACACUGGCAUUUGCAGGAUUUGCUCGGCAAACCUGGCCACCUUCUGUUGAAUACACAAUUUCGUAGGUCAGUCGGUGUGUGAUAGGAGUGCGCGACGAAGUAUUUUGGUGACCGGGCCCACGGCCUAUUGUUGAACGUUCCCGCCGCGAACAUAAACAAACCGUUGUCGAAAUUUAUCGUCUAAAUAAUGACGACGCCGAGGGUGACAGCGUUUACUGUACCGGCAUCAUCGGAAGACCUAACCAUUGUGGACAAUAAGCUGUUUAAAGCUAUAUGUUUACAUCAAAUACUAGAUCCCACCAAUGGUGGUAACAGAUUUUGCAAGUUGGUGUUAAUGGCGUUCAUGUCAGUUUCGCUCAGCGUGCAGAUAAUGCAGUUGGUCGGCCUUUACUUCGCGGUCAACGACCUACAACGGUUCGCAUUCACUACCACGACGCUGUCAUAUGCCUUUCUGUGCAUGACCAAGGAUUAUGUAUUGUUGGCGCACGCGGAUAGGUUGCGCGACAGCCUGGAAGUGGCCAGGUUUGAGUUUACGUCGUGCGGCGCCCGGGACCAGCGUGUGGUGCGCCGGUCGCGAGCCGUGUUGUCCAUGGUUCUCCGCACAUUCGCCAUGCUCAGCUGGUCCACUUGUGUCAUCUGGGCGUUGGUGCCGCUGUUCAUGAUGGACGAAUACCUUCAGGUGACAAAUGCCGAUGACACGGUCUCUCGUUACCGGGUUACCAUCUUCAAUAUGUGGUUGCCGGUGCCGGUAGCCGUGUACAAUGCGACGCCCAUUUGGUCACUCAUCUACAUGGUCGAGGUGAUAGCAUGUUUAUUUACAUCAUUUAGUUGGUUGCUUUUCGACAGCUACGUGGUGACAAUGUGUGUCACGUUCAACGCCCAGUUACGUACUGUAUCGGCUAGUUGUGCGACAAUUGGCCACCGUGACUGCUUCGCAUCGUUGUCACCGCACGUCUGCACGGGUACUCAUAUCAUAAAAAUUGAUGAUAAUAGUAUUUUAUCGAACUGUUAUGAUGAACUGAUCAUUCACAUAAAAGAUAAUCAAAAUAUAAUAAAGAAGUAUGAUGAUUUUUUUGAAAUUAUUCAACCUGUGGUCUUAUUCCAAAUAAUCGCUGGUUCGUAUUCUGUAAUAACAUUAAUAUUUCUCACUGCGCUGUCAUAUCUUAUGGGUUGGUCAAUUAUAUCUGGACCCGUUUUAAAAGUAUUUUUUGGUUUUUUGUCACUUACUUUUGAACUCUUCUUGUAUUGUUAUGUAUUUAACCAUAUAGAAACUGAGAAAUGUAAGAUGAAUUUUGGAUUGUAUAGUAGUAAUUGGACUGCAAUGGAUUUAAAAUUUAAAAAGACAUUGUUGUUUGCUAUGAACGUGAAUUCAGCUCACAGGCGAGUGAUGAAAGUGACACCAACGUCCAUCAUAAAUCUUGAAAUGUUCGCCAAUGUGAUGAACAUGGCAUACUCGAUAGUAUCUGUACUAUUAAAUUCAAGAGUCCAGAAAUGAAUUGUACUAACUAAGUACUAUUGUACUAAAGGUGUGAAACUGACGUCUUGUAGGUAUUAUAUUUAGGGUGUCGGAGCCGCACAGACCGGUGAGUUUUUAGUAAAAAAAACUUGUCUUACAGGAAAAACUAUCACGCUCUAUAGAAUGGGUAGUUAGAUUUAGUUUUUUUUUUUAUUAUUAUUUAAAAGAUAAAUAUAUUAUAUUAUAUUUAAAUUAAUAA